CAGGACCCGGGGCCCAAUCAGCCCCGCUGACCCAGCCGGUCCCACCACUGGGCGGAGCUGCCGCCGGAAGUACGUGUGUCCGUUGGCCUGCGGUACGCGAUUUAGAGGUGCUGCCAGCCUUGAUUUUGGGGUGCAGGCGCUGGUACCUGUUCAGGGUACGCGGAGGAGGAGCUGCCGGCCCUGUGAACAAAAUGGGAGAUGCUGAAGCAGGAAAGAAGAUCUUUAUUCAGAAAUGUGCUCAGUGCCACACAGUGGAAAAAGGUGGGAAACACAAAACUGGUCCAAAUCUUUGGGGUCUUUUUGGCCAAAAAUCAGGACAAGCACCAGGAUUUUCUUAUACUGAUGCAAACAAAAGCAAAGGUAUUAUCUGGGGAGAAGCUACUCUCAUGGAAUAUUUGGAGAACCCAAAGAAAUAUAUCCCUGGAACCAAAAUGAUAUUUGCUGGUCUUAAAAAGAAGAGUGAGAGAGAAGAUCUUAUUCAGUAUUUGAAACAGGCAACAUCUUCAUGAAAUGCUGUUGCAUCUUAGAAAAUUAUAGUUAUAAACCAAAAGUUUCCAGUUUUGGUUUGAAGAAGUUCUGAUCUUGGUCAGUCUGUAGUAAGCUUAAUGGUUUAAAUUAAAGUUGAUUUUUUUGAUUGUUUGUAAUCUAUUGGCCAAAUGUCCUUCAGAGUUUAAACUCUGCUUUUGUCUGCUCACUAAGGUUGAUGAGAUCAGGAUAGAGGACAAGAUGGAAGGAAAAUGAAAUCUACAUGCACAAAAUAUUUUAUAAGCCUAACAACUGCUAUUGAUUAUGAUGGCAGCUUUCACAUUCUUAUUUCUCUGCAGUAUAAAUGUAAAUAUAGCAGACAUUAGCUUUAAUUUUUUAUUAAGUAUGUUUGGUUAUAUGUUUGCAUUUUACCGUAAGCAACACUUGCACUAACUUUAAGGGAGAAAAAAAGUAGGGAAAAUGAAGUCACAUAGUUUUCUUACCUUUAUUACAUAAUAUUAUCUUUUGGCAUUUAUUUCUUUAUGAUAGCCUCCUGAUUCUGAGUAAUGUAAAGCUGAACUAUAGGGAGGGAUAGCAAGGACCCUGAGAGAGGGAGAAAAAGGAAACUCUUACCAUAUAUAUGGAAAGACUUCCCACCUCACAGUAAGGGGAAGUCAGAUAGUGGAACAGGUCCACAACAGGGCCUUUGUGGAAGGGAAUAGUGGUUCUAUGUCAUUUGAGGCAGCCUCUGAAAAGGCUAUACAGUCCUACAAAUACUGAUAAAGCCCAAUUGAAUAAGGAGAAGCUUCUUUGUAACUAAAGAGCUGGGUGAUGGGCUGGUCAGAGGUCAUUAUGGGUGAGUGUAUAACCUCCAUUAUCUCAUUUACACUUCACAACAACACCCCUGUAAGUUGGAUUUUAUAUUCUAUAUUGAGACUUCUGCUGCCAGAACCCAAGCUUCUAUCUUUUAUUCCAACUAUUGGUGUCUUUUCUCCAUAUCAUAAGGCUGGAUCAUGCUCUGCUGACUGAGCUAGCCAGGCUCCGUAUCAUAGGGAUAAUAUGUUAGCAGUUAGCUGUUAGCAAACGCCACUACUGAGAAGAUAUCCUAGCAGAAUGUUUCCAACAUGAUGGGAACAUGGUUAAAAAAGCUGUGAUUUCCAGAAAACUCUAUUAAAUCAACUUAGUGCUUGACCCAGUCUUAACGCAUCUGGUAAAUGGGAGAGAAUGGAACCUAGUGCCAUUAUAUUGACAGCAUGUCCCUUCCUGGGGUCCAAGACUGGGCUUCAGGCAAAGCUGACCUUCUUACUCUCUCCCUGGAGGAAUUCUUUGAUGAGAGCAGAGAUACCUGUAGGGACACUAUAAAUGUAUUAGGAAUGUUGUCAGUCUCGGAUCUGAGUUGGGUUUGCACACACGUAGAAUGAGGUGAUAUACCUCAUACCCUAAUUUGCAUGAAAGAGCUCUGUGAGAAUUUGAACUCAGUGCAUAUUCAUAAUUACAGCUUAGAUAUAUACAAUUCUGAAGAUGGACAUGGUGGCAUUGAUGUAAGAAAAAGGUAUUUCAUUUAAAA